UAAAUCUAACCACAAGUCCACAACUCAAUAAACCUCUAAUAAAUAACAAACAAGCGAAAUAUCAAUUUUUGUAUCAUUUACUUUUCCAGUAAAUGUGUGUUUGACUUUUCUUUAUGAUUUAACUGACAGCUUUUCUUGUGAACCAUAAAAUAGCAUAAUGUCUUCAAGAUCAAGAAAACGUCACUCAGGUGGUACACAAGAUCUAAUGGAAGUUGAUACUGAUGGUUCAUUAUCUGACGAACAUCAGCUGUUGUUGCAAUACCUGAUGCAUGCAAGAAUGUCGAAGAAGAUGGACGUUUCUAGAAUCCAUGGAAAACUGUUCAAUGACAGUGAAAAUUUAAAAGAAUCUCUAAAAAUAAUAACAUCUAAAAUCAAUGCUUUGAAAAUGGACAUUAAAAGUGUCUGUUGCGACGUAAGCGGUGAAACUUACUUUGUUCUCAUCCACUCGACAGGAGAAUCAUUUUUUCCAAAGAGUUGCAUGUUUAGCCAGUCUCAGCUUGAGUUCCUGAAGAAGCUGUUGAUUGGCAUUGUGCUUUCUGAGAGUGGCAUGAUAGGAAAGAUAGCAGCACUCAACAGCUGUACUACACUUUCCAAGAUGGAAGCUGACAACACGUUGAGACAGUUCGUGAAGGAUAAAAUAUUUCUGGAACUACCCGAAGGGAAGUUGGCGCUUUCACCUUUGGCUAUUGUGGAAUUUGAACCUUUUUUCAGAGCUUCGCUAGAAGACAACCUACAGUCAUGUGAGUUGUGCAGACAAUUGGUGUUUUUUGGUAAGGUUUGUCCAAAUUGUGAUCAGAAGUUUCACCGACAUUGUGUUUACAAGUGGUUAGAAAGUGGUCACAGUGACUGUUCGAAAUGCAAAGAGCAAUGGGAUGACGGUAUGCUGACGGAGACUGAAUAAACCGUUGUAAGUUUGUUGUUUUUAUUUCAUAGAUGUAUGACUAAUAUGUGUAAUGUAUAUGAAGUAUACCUUUUUAUACAGUAAUUUAAUGUAUUUUAACUAUUUGAAAUAAAUUUGAAUUUUCAAAGGU